AAUGUUGAAGGAGUUAUCUUUCUUGGUUUGUCGUGCAUGUUAUUUAGGUUAUAAGGAAAUACAUUAUCUUCUGCAUAAAUUGAUUUUCUUGUAAAUAGGAUUAUACUUUAACAUUCAUUUAACAAAUAUUUUGACCAAAAUUCACUUAUACUGCCUUUUAACAGGUGAAAACGAGCUGUGAAAAAAGUUAUGCGCAUGCGCUAAAAUUCUUAAUGGAGACCCCUAAAAAUGGCGGAGCUAAAAAGAAGACCUGGGGCAAUUUCAAAAGGCAUGAAACUGCCUAUAACAAUUGAAGAUGCCAUUGACGACGUCUUAGUUGUAUGCCUUGAACAUGGUGCUAAACUUUUCAAGGGUAUUUUAUUGGAUAUAAAUAAAAGAAAUCUGCCACAUGGUGUGUGCAUGCCUUUCUCUGCGAACGGGGACAGUUCAAAAGAUGACCCUAACGCACAUUCUGUAAACAAUAAUGCACAUGAUGUUGAAGUUUCAGCAACAAAUUUCCGACACACUUAUAAUCGUGGAAAUGAAGAACAUGUAAACAAUUUUAUCUUACGUUCCAGCAAAGACCGGCCUGCACGAAGCAUCCGGCUGCGUCCCAGAUCUACAUUAUGUAGCAAAUGUAAGUCCGUGUGUCAGGAAACAGAAAAAGGCAUCAUGCCUGUUCAGCAAAUUGUGAAACAGAACACACAAAAGAACCAAGUACCUCAGCAGUCACUACGAGAAGGCCUGCGGAGGCGUUCCGUCCAAACUAAAGAUCCUCCAAAUAACAGCAAGCAGACAGAUAAUAAUAAAAACUCGGUUGUUACACGAUCUAGUCCAUUCAUUAAGAUAUCUAUUGGUGAAGGAACAGUGUUAAAAAUUCCACCCCGUCUGCAUGAUGAGGUGGAUGGAAGUACUGCAAAAUCAAAAACUAAAACAGAAACUGUGAAAGAGGAGAGUUUUCCAGAGCAAGACAAGAAUAGGAGAACCAGUAAAAGGAAUCUCCGCAAAACUAAGGAUCGUGCAAAGCGUUUGGAAGAGGAACCUCAAAAAGAAAGUGAAACUACAAAUGAGAAUGUAACUAGUCAUCACAAAAAACAUAAACGUAAACAUAAACACAAACAUGGAGACAGCGAAGAAAAAAAUCAAAAUACAACCUCUGAAGGUGUAGAUGAGAAUUUAGAAAGUGCUAUAGAAAAUCAAAACGAUGGUGUUUCCCAAAGACCAAGGUUACUGUAUACAUGGCGACAGAAUAAAGGCCUCUCACCAAGGCGAGAAAACACGACAGACAAUAUUGAAAAUGUAAAUAAAAACAUUUCCAGAAAGCAAAAUUUCCCUGAAAAUCUUUCACCAAAAAGAAAUGUUCGAUCUAAAAGUAGUGAACUGGUGCAGAAAAAGGAAUAUAAACUAAGGAGUCGAGAGCGACUAAGUGUUGAUUCCAUGGAGAGUAAGAAAUCGGAGGAGAAAGUUCAGGAAGAGGAUGUGUCUUGCGGAGAUGUGGGCAAUGAAAAUGAGUCUGAAGUGAACAUCAGCGAAGAACAGAUGCCAGAUUUAGACAUGGAAAAUCAGGAUACAUCUCGAGACAUUCUAGAUUGUAUAGAUGCUUCAGACAGUGCUCCUGUGUACUAUAAUAACCUUGAUGAAAAACAUACAGACUAUUAUCUGCAUGCAAAUCAUGAUUAUGUUGUGACCUUGAAUAGUACAAACAGUCUUAGUAACUCUAUAAUGAGCACAAGUUCCGAAGGACAUGAUAAAUAUGUGAUAAUUGACACAGACAAGUAUUCUGUGAUAUCUUCGGCGUCGGAGCGAGAGUUUGAUUUCAAGGAUGAGGAUAUUCCAAUGUCUCCAGAAGCUGUGUCUUCGUCUGUGGUAAUGCUUCCAUCUCCUAUCCACCAUUUAAAACCAUUUUCUCCUGCCCACCAACCAGAUCCAGUCUCUCAUGCUCACGAGCUGGAACCGAUAUCUCCUCCACCUCCACCAGAACCUACGGAAGAACCGGUCAUAGAAGAAGAGGAGGAGAGGGAAGAUAUAGCUGAUGCCCCGCCCACCAGUGACGAUGUGUUCAGAACGCUAAUGAUGAAAAUUAGGACUCGCGAUGUGCCAAAGUGUAUGGCUACGGACGGCCGAACAAUUCAUGUGGGAGAUAUUGUGUGGGGUAAAAUUAAGGGUUUCCCGUGGUGGCCUGGGCGUGUUUUGUCCAUAAGUGUGAGUGAAAGAGAUGGAGGAAUCGUGAUUAGGAGACUGGCACAUGUGUCGUGGUUUGGUUCGUCCACUAUGUCACACAUUCAGUGCUCAGACCUCUAUCCAUUUCUGGAAGACUUUAAGUUACGCUAUAACCGAAAGAAGAGGGGGCCAUAUAAAGUGGCCAUCAAGCAAGCCACAAUAGCAGCACAGAGUGUGACAAAUACCCAUCAUAUUGAUUUCAAAGAGUUUGAUUUGUAGCAG